AUGUACACCACAAUCAAAACAGUGCAACGCAACUUCGUCACUGACCCAGAUAGAUGGUCAGGUCAGAGCUUAUACUUCAACAGUCUGUUCUCCGGGAAAUGGGGUGAUAAACAGGAAGAUGGCUCAUACUUUGUUGAAACCGACGCUCACAUCUUCGAACACAUUCUUCGAUACCUUCGAACUAGAGUUCUUCCAGUCUUCUACGACAGAGAAAAGGGUCACGAUUUCGCACUUUAUCAAGCCGUACUAGAAGAAGCGAAAUACUUCCAAAUCGAUCGGCUAGUGAAAUGGAUUGGCGAACGCAAAUAUCUGGAAGCCGUCCAAGUCAAUAUUUUGGCUACUGAAUCUCAAGACCGACGGACUUAUAAAAAGCAUACUAGGUCUGAUCUUGACCGCCGCACAUUCAUGGUGGAGGAUCGCUAUGUUGAGAUGACGACGAGUGGCAACAUGGAGACUACGAUGAUUCCUAUGGCACACCGACGAAGCGUCUUCUACUGUCCCAAUGGGAAGCAUGGCAAAAGCACCAAGGAAAAUUGUAGCGGCUGUACAAAGCAAGCAAGCGAUGGCAAAGUCAACGUCAACGGUGGCUGGAGAGGAGAGGAUCAAAUGAGCUGGUGCAUUGUGCGAAAAGAAGUUGUUUUCGACCACGAUCUCUGUGUGAAUGCGUAUUCAGAUGAUGCUCAGCCAUGA